AACAUUUUAAUGCGUGUAAUGUUUAAAAAAUAUCAAGAUAAGACAGAUAAUCAAUGUAUUAACAUUUCCUAAUAAAACACGGUAGUUAUUAUAAAGCUAGCAGGUGGUCUGCCAUAAUGGAAACAUGUGUGCUAAGCUAAUUUAAUUUACAAUGCUCGGAAGUCAGAGCUAGCUAAUGCUACAGCUAACAUAACGUCAGGUGUCAGAGGCUAGGCUAGCUAGCUAGCGUGCUCUGGGUGUUUUACGAUAAACAGCAGCAGAAUAGUCAAAUAAUAUUUACGUUCUUGGGUUGUAUUUCAGUUUAAUGUUUGCUUUGUGAUUUAUUUAACGCUGACCUCGCCGCAGUUUUAUUACCUCAACUUUUAGUGUAUCUAACGUUACUUUCCAGAGGGAAGCAUUUCACUGCUGCACAUUUCCUGUUUCCUAGCAACGAGAGCAAUGUGGAAAUGGGGAUGGAAGAAAAAAAGACAAUUGAAAAGAGGGGGUUGCCCUUUACACAAAAAUAACGUUUUUAGAAUAAUGAAUGAAAACAUACCAUCGGAGGCUCGCGUUGAAUCAGCACUGCUGCAGCUCCAUUUGCCUGCUUCUCCUAAAUUUAAGUCACACUCCUAAUUUUGAGGAACUGGUUCUCAACAUCUUCUGCCGUGUUACGUCACCGGGCACUGCUUGGACCUUAUUAUUAAUCCUCUCGGACAAUAAGGGCAUCUAAUGCAUUUCCCCUCUGAAUUUUCAUACACUCUGUGUCUGGUGCACUCAAUUCAGCUGCUGUCUUGUAAUGGCAGUGCAAGAGCCUGGCAGGGCAACAGGUUUUCCUUGCAAACAAUGUGGCACGGUAUGUCCCAAUAUGCCCAGUCUGCUCGAGCACAUGGAUGCUCACCUUCAAGAAGAGGAAGAACGCAAAUUUAAAUGUGACGAAUGUGGACGUGGUUAUAGGCAUGCGGGUAGCCUAGCUAACCACAAAAAGACUCACGAGGUGGGUUCUUUUCAAUGUAACAUCUGCGGUAAAGAAAACUCCAAUGCUUUGGCCCUGAAGAGUCAUCUCCGGAGCCACACUUCACAGAAAAAGUACUCUUGUGCAGAAUGUGGGAAAUCUUUUCGUCUGGCAACACAGCUGGCCACACAUGAGAGGGUUCACCUUGCCAGGCGAGUAAAGGAGCGGUCAUAUAGGAAGGUAGACAUGGAAUAUCCCACACAUGAAGAUAAUGAUGAAAUUGAAAAUGAUCUCAUUGAGCAGUCACCCGGGGUCCAGAUUUCUCCAGAAAAUAGCCCAGUUGACGACAAGAUGGAGGUUGUUUAUAAUCCACAAUCCGAGACCUCUGAUGAUGCAGCAAAUCGACCUUUCAGGUGUGAUUUGUGUGACAAGUCAUACAUACACCAUCGAAGCCUGACCAAUCAUAAAAAGACUCACCAAGUGGGAAUGUUUGAGUGCACGGUGUGUUUCAAGCUGUUCAAUAACAUGGCUGCCCUCUAUAGCCACCAGAGAACUCACAAGACAAGAAGUGGGGCAGACCCUGACUCGAUGGGUGGGUCCUACACAGGCACACCACAGGGCCAGUUUUCACCUCAGAGCCAGGAUGCUCCUGUCAAUUUUUGCCAUUUGUGUCAGGUACUAUUCCCCAAUGAUGAAGAGUUCCAGGAACACAUCCAAAUGCAUAACUCUUCAUCUCUGUCAUUUGGUCUUCAUGAUACCUUGUCAGAGAACCACAAUAUAUCAUAUGACAACAGUAUUGCUUCGCCUGAGUCCAAUUUGUAUGCAUCUCCUAUAAAUAAUGUUCCCUCAGUAUCAUCGAUAGAUAAUCACGGAGGCUUUGAUCAGCCACAGGAGCGGAUUAGAAGUAACGGCCACGUGUACUCUGACUGCCCUAAAAAUCAAACAUCCCCUUUCAAUAGCACUCAGGGAGAACCCCCAAUCAUGGAUACAAGCAUUCUCAGUCCUGCUCUGAUGCACAUACAAAACACUGACAAUGCAACUGAAACGGAAGAGACUUCAACUCUAGAUUCUGAUGAGCGGCCUUUCAGGUGUCAAAUCUGCGGUAAAAGCUACCGGCACUCUGGGAGCCUCAUCAACCACAAAAGGUCACAUCAGGUCGGGAUUUACCAAUGUUCCAUCUGCAGAAAGAGCUAUCCUCAUCUAGCUGCCCUAAAAAGUCAUCUUCGUCUCCACAAAGCUCAGUCGGCAUCUUUUGGUCUCAACGCUGAGGGUGACUGGCUCUCCUCCGAGCCUCUGACUCUUGAGAACCAACAGGGCUGCUUCUCCUCUCAAGACGAGGAGGAAGAUGGCACUCCUCCUGCGCUUGGUAUGAAUCAGGAGAAUGGAGUUGACCACAGCAAUAGAGCUUUAUACCAUGAGCAGUUUAAACAGGACUUUUCCCAGGAUAUCAUGCAUCUACCUCACAACGAACACCCAAUGCAGAGGCACAUGUGUGCAGACUGUGGGGAGACAUUUGCAGAUAUUGCAGGGAUUAAGUCUCACAGUUGCCCGCUGCUACAGCAGCAACACAACACUACUAGCAGUGACUAUGACAGUAAUAUAAAUUUCCAGGACAGUAAUGGUCACUGUCUCAUUGGAGAUCCAGGGAGUAAUGUCGAGUUCCACGGUCUGAAUGGUAGCCACGACCAAAAUUACUUUGAACAGAACUUCCAUGACAAUAUGAGCAUCGAUCAGCUGAAUGGCGACGGAGAAGGUGGUAAUGCUGACGAGGACGAUGAUGACGAGGACGACGAUGAUGGAGAUCUUUAUCAAUGCUCUAUAUGUGGAAACAACUACACCAGCAUGAGGGCUCUCAGGAGCCAUCUUCGAGGGCACACACAGUCCCAUGGUACUCCUGCUAGCUCAGGGCCUUCCUCCAUGUCCUCCCACGAAGAAAUGAAAGAAGAUGAGCCCGGAGAGAUGAUGAUCUGUAGCACAUGUGGGGAAAGUUUUGCCAAUAGGCAGGACUUGAUCAUGCAUCAGUUUCUACACAAAAAGGACCCGGUAGAUAAUGUAAAUAUGAACAACAGUGGUGUAUCUGUAGGAAAAGAUGAAGCACAGAGUAUCAUCUGUGGCAGCUGUGGCAUCUUCUGCACCAGCUACCAUCAUCUUGAAAACCACGGUUGCACAGCUGAGAGGACGGAUGAGUCGACACGUAGUAAAGAGGAAAUUAAAGUAAAUGAUGUUGCCCAGCAUGAAGACAUGAGUCACAACAAAGAAACUUUGGAUUCUGAAGAUCGUCAGUACAAGUGUGAUCAGUGUGGGCGUUCAUACAGACACGCCGGUUCCCUCCUUAACCACAAAAAGUCCCACAAAACGGGUGUAUUCAGAUGCCUCAUCUGCCAGAAGCGCCUCUACAACCUGUUGGCCCUUAAAAACCAUCAGAGGUCCCACUUUGACAUUAAGAGGCAUGCUUGCCAAGAGUGUGGGAAAGCCUUCAAAAUUCAGAAGCAGCUAUUGAACCACCUGAGAAGGCACAAAGAGAACCAAGCCAAAAUCCAGGAUCUCAACAACCAGAUCCAGGCUCUCAUGCAGAUGAAUGGGACCAGUUCAGAUGGAGGAACGCAGUCCGUAACGUCAAACGCCAGUCAGGCUUUACCCUCCUCGCGACGCUGCAAGCAACUCCGGGGGGGUAAGAGAGGACAAAGAAAGUGUGAGACCGCAGUCAAAUCAGAGGACACGAGUGACCCGAGGCCUUUCGCCUGUGACCAGUGUGGACGUACGUAUCGCCACGCAGGAAGCCUGGUCAACCACAGAAACUCUCAUAAAACGGGUGAAUACUAUUGUUCUGUUUGUAACAACACGUACUCCAAUCAACUAGCAAUGAAGAACCACUUGCGCACCCACUUUGCAUAUAAAAAGCACUCUUGCCAAAACUGUGGAAAAGGCUUUAGGGGAAACAAGCAGCUAUUAGCCCACGUUUGUGCAGACCUCAGAAAGGAUGUGCCCAGAGGCAGGAGGGGCCUAAAAUCCAGGACCGUUAAAUGUAAGGAAUGUAAGCAGGCCUUUCUCUCCGUCGACCAACUGACAGCCCACACCUGUGAUGGACGUUCAGGCAGCAGUGACGCACAAACGAAUGUGUCCACAAAUAAAGAGGAGCGACCGUUCAAGUGCAACAUAUGUAAUCGCAGCUACCGCCACGCAGGCUCACUCCUGAACCACAAAAACACCCACAAGACAGGCCACUUCAGUUGCUCCUUCUGCUCUAAGCCUUUCACUAACCCCAUGGCUUUACGCAAUCACACACGCAUCCAUACGCAGAAGAAAAAGUACGUGUGUCUCACGUGCGGAAAGGCCUUCCGCCUCGCCAGCAUCCUGCACAACCACCAGAGGGUCCACAAUCGGGUUGCGAGUCAAUUCAGCUGCCCUGCCUGUGGAAAGAGCUUCCACGGCAGGUCCGGCCUGAAGAGGCACCGCUGCCGCAGAGGCCAGGAGAACUCCCCGAGAGCUGGAGUCCAGCAGUCAGAGAGGGGAGACAAGUGCUUCAUGUGUGACCUGUGUGGGCGCUCCUACCGCCAUGCUGGCUCUCUCCUCAACCAUAAAAAGACCCACUCCGAAAACCUCCACCACUGUAACUUGUGUCUCCAGACAUUUCCUGAUCCUCUCACUCUACAGAUACACUCCAUGAUGAGGCGCCACUGCUGCCCCGAGUGCGGCAAGACCUUCUGUCUGGUCGCACACCUGCAGAGCCACAUGGAGGUGCACUCAAAGGACCAGUCUGUGGUCUGCAGCCCUUGCCAGCAGAGCUUUCCCAACACAGCUAGCUACCAGCAGCACCAGGACAUGCGCCACAGGGCCCAGGAGCCCUAUCAACAAAGCGUGGAUGAACCUGUAGAUAGCAACGUUUGCUGGGACUCAGGAAUAAAUCAGACCUUGGGGAUCGACGGGAUGCACAAGCAGGUUCCACCGCCUUUGUCCCACAUUCCAGGAAGCAUCACCAAUCCACAGGAGAGUAACGAGCCUGCCGGCACAGAGGAGAAGAGCCAUGUCUGCGAGCAUUGCGGCCGCACGUAUCGCCACGCCGGCUCCCUCCUCAACCACAAGAACAGCCACAAGACGGGCUCCUUCUCCUGCUCCGUCUGCCAGAAAGAGUUCACCAACCUGAUGGCUCUCAAGAACCACCGGCGAAUUCAUACGGAGCCCAAGCGCUACCAGUGUCUGGAGUGUGGGAAGGCCUUCCGCGUGUCCACACAGCUCAUAUGUCACCGACGAAUCCACACCAAAGAGAAGCCCUUCGCCUGCCUGCUGUGCGACAAGAGUUUUUCCAGCAAGUCCAACCUGCGGCACCAUCAGAAGAUGCACCAGAACACCCAGACCUACGACUCCUCUUUUAGCAUGGAUGCUAACGCGUUUAUGGACUUGGACAUGGGGUCUUUUCUCUGAAGUGGGAUUCCAGAGCGUACAAGAGAAGACGACAAGUGGUCCUUUUAUUUAUCUGUUAUUCAUCCCUCUAUCAAUAAUUGUAAAACAGUAUUUUUUUUCAAAAAAAAGGCUCCUUUUGAGGACAUGCACUUUUCUUUACUGACUUCCGGUCUUGACCCCACAACAGAUGGUGACAUCAUUCAAAAGUCUCCAGAGGGUUUAUCAGUCGGCUUUUAAUAAAGGCCUGAAUGUUUUCCAUGAAUACACAGGAUCCCAGAGUACAAGGGCGGCUGAUGACUAUAUCAGUCGUCGCUCAUUCCUCGAUGACAAACCACCCAACCAAAGUGAACAGGGAAGUGCAGCCCAGGUCCACUCAAGAACAUUAACACUGAUAACAUGUUUUUGUAAGACAGUACUGUUCUAACGGUGAUCGUUCCUCUCUUACUAUGUAUAAUUAUGUUCAGUGCCUCUGUAAGUUCCUUAGGAAACGACAUAUACAAACUAUAUUUAUCUCUGAAUCCUUUUGUUAGCUUUGCCGUCAAUGUCAAAGGACUUUCCUUUUGGAUUGCACAUCGGGCAAGCCUGUUAUUAAGUCAAAUACCUCUGGGUGUGUCAAAAGGUCAAUGGCAAAGUUAUUUUCUGAAAUCCUAUUAUCCAGUAAAGUAGUCGUACUGUUAAUAAUAUUCAAAAAAAUAAGUUUUUUUAUUAAUUUAUUCCUGUUUUAAGUGCAUAUUUUAUUAGAAAAACUUUUUAUGAAUGUUGUAAAAAUCGGUCUACUAAAACUCAUGUAGCUUUUAAGGAACAUCUGUCAGUUUGUAUUUGCUUAUUAGUUCUUAGUUAAAACGGGCAGGAAUGAAUGAGCCAAGCAUUGGCAGCACUCGGGGUAACCCUUCAAAAGGAACAUACCUGACGUGUAACACAUUGUAGAUAAUCAGCAUUAUAUUUUGUGCCAUUUCAACACCUAUAAUUUAGCUCAUGUAACACGUGUUGACAGUUGGCUGCAGCUCCACCUGCAGUGCAUGCUGUUGAUUUAAGAUUAAUCUUGAACCUUUUGAGAAGCCUCAGUUAUGUUGAAGUGCCAGUGCCUGAAAUGUAAGUCAAUUGUAGCAGUUAAAUGUGAACAAACCUCUCACUGUACUUGUUGUAAACUGCAAACCACAAUGUUGAUUUAAUAUUGUCCGUCACACGAUGAGAUCGAUCUUCUGAUUUGUGAAUCUCAGCCGCAGACGGUUAAAACGUCUCAAAGCAGUCGAUAGCAGACGUAUAGCAACAGUGAUGUGAAAAUGGUUCCCUUUUUUGUCUCCGUGAAGUUUCUUCCCCCACAAAUGCUUUAUAUAAAUCAAAUAGAGUGACGGAUGUAUUUUCAAACAAGCAAAUAUGUGGGCAGAAUGACCAAUUUCUGCCAAGCACAAGUAUUGCUACAAACCAGGCUCUGUGGAUGUGCAAGGACGAAGCAGUUUCAUCUUCGCUGUCAAGUCCGUGAACCACUUUAUGUUCUGCAAAAAUGUGCAAUUAUUGAGUCUAUGGGUAAUGUUGUCUAACAUGCCUGUUGUUCCUUAAGUGGUUUCUUUUCACAAAUCUAGCAAAAGGGAGCACAUGGCCCUUGUUUUGUGUUUUUCAAUAACCAUCUGAAAUUAGAUUUUCUUCAUGCCUUAUACAUUACAUUUCAUGUACGAGUAUGUUUGGCACUGGUCAGAAGUAUGAAAUACCUCAUGGAAAGUCCUGCCUACCUAGCAACUACUUAAUGCCUCAUGCAGCUCACUUGUAGAGAAUACACUGUAACUAUAGAGAUAGUUCUCAAUUGUAAGACAGAAUGGAUGAAGCAUCAAUUUUAAGGUUUUGCAUUGUAGUUUCCAGAAGCUGUUUUCUCCGUAAAAUGGUCGUUUCGCUGCAGUUUGUUGUUUUCAGAGUUAUAUUUGCACAUAUAUAGAUGACACUUGUAGCCUAAGGACGACAGGGAGUCUAUAAUAAUGCAGCCGACCUGUCGUCUGUCGGGGUGUCGACGGGCAACCAGUCGGCUGUGCGAUAGUUCACCUCACCUUAGUUUGCGGGGAGUAAUAUUUAAGCAAUAUGCUGAAAGUAUAUGUUUCAGUGCAUGAACCAAGUACAUCUCCUUUGUUUUGUCUCACCAUUGUAUCUACAGUGGCAUCAGAUUCAGUAUACCUACACUAGCCUUGAAAAACCAUUGCCAUCUGCUGUUUUCUGACAUUGUUUAAAAUCUUACGUGUAUUAAUUGUAAUGAUUUAGAUGAUCUUAAUAUUUACAUAUUUCCUCAUGCCGUGGUAGCCUACAUGUAAAACGACACGCACGUUUGAGUUAAAACUGUAAACUAUUUUUUUACAAUGUUCUCCAUCCAAUCUCCCUGUGGCACUAAAGACGUUCACUCUGUCAUUGAUCACAAUCACAGCCUGGUAUUUGUGGCAUGUGUAAAUCUCAGAGUUCUCUCUGUAAAUACUUUAAGGUAGUUAUGAGUUGGAUCGAUGUACAUUCAGAUUUUCUUCAGCAGGAGAAAAUGGCUGUUGUGUAUUAAAAACAAGCAUAUACCACGUGUUCUGAUUUAUGGUUGAUUUCAAUGCUCACAAAUGUCUGCUCACUAUUUAACUCAUAUUUAUAUAACUAUUUUGUCACUCUGAAACGUAGAUUUUUACUUCUUUGUUAGAACAUAGUUUAGAAAAUAAGCAAAUUAUUGAAAGUAUACUAGUUCAAAUUAAUUAAAAGACUUGAAGAAA